GUCUUGCUGUAGUUGGUGUAGGUGUAGGUGUAGGUGGGUAGCUAGGUGGUGUGUAUGAGCGGGAAUCGAUGAUGGUCUUUGUGGAUUUUAAUGCAGAGAGGACUCUAUUUGACGAGCGGAAGGAAGAAAAAGACCCAAAAGAAACACGGGGUGACAGCUUGCACGCGUGGAUGCUGGCCAAAAGCUUGUCAUCCGCAUGGGAAUCGUGCUCGUGGCGGUAUAGCAAGUGGUGGCCAACUUGUUGCGGUACGAAAGCAAUGGAGGGAGGUGCGGUGGUGGUGUGUGGAUAGUGUGAGGUAUGUGCGGUGGUGGAUGUGGCGGUGGAUGUGGAUGGAUGACGCUUGUGAGACAGUUCUUUACGGAGUGGCAGUAGUAAUAAUGAGAAGGCGGAGGGAUAUGCGGUCAUAUUCAAUUGUUGUGACCUACAGAAAGCGUCAGUCUCCAGCAGAAGCGACUGAAGAGAAAAGAAAAACAAAAAAACUCACCCUUGACGUCGGCGGUUGUAGCAGAGGCGCGAGACGGUACGCUGUGGCCGUAACCGUAGCCACCGCCGUUCGAGUAUGCGUACGACGGCACGCCAGCCGAGGCCGACUGUGCCGACGAGACGCUCGAAGGAUCAACGACUCCCGCGGAGACAUUGUUAGCCUGCGAAGUCGUUAGGCGACGGCGGGACACAGAGCUAGGAGAAGGCUCACGGGGAGCUGCGCCAUUUCCACGGUAGCGCGGAUCGAGGUCAUCACCAGGAGUCGACGACUGCGUCCGGGGUGGGUAACCGUUG